GUGGGCAGUUUGGGUUUGGGGUUUUGGGCGGAGGAGUUGGGGUUUUGUUGGCUCCCGGGAAUCGAAGCUACCGGCGAUGGAUCCCCCGCCGCGGGGGUAGGCGUGCGGCUGCUCGAAUCGCGCGGCUCCCCGGAGGUUUCAUAAAGGUGAAGAAGCCAUAAAGAAUUUUGAAUUGUUGACUAAGAGGAUAUGGCUGGGUACGCUGAUGAAGAUACCUGUUCCAAUGUUGAUUUAGUUUGUGCCCUAUGUGAUAAUGGAGGUGAAAUUGCAAGCUGUGAAGGCAGGUGUCUGAGGUCGUUUCAUGCAACCAAAGAUUGUGGGGAAGAUUGUGCAACCUUAGGCUACAGCAGGGAGCAAUUCAAUGCAAUGGAAGUUUUUAUGUGCAAGAAUUGUGAGCAUGAAAGAUACCAAUGUUUUGCUUGUGGAUGUUUAGGUUCAGCUAAAGCUGAUCCUCCUGAGGUGUUUCCAUGUGCUUCUGCAACCUGUGGUUACUUCUAUCAUGCUAAGUGUGUUGCCCAGUUACUCUUCCCCGAAAAUGAAGUCAAAGUAACUGAGUAUACAGCAAGGAUAGCCAAUGGAGCAAAAUUUGCCUGUCCGCUACACAAAUGUGAUAUCUGCAAGUUUGGUGAAAACAAAGAGGUUAAGGAACUGCAGUUUGCUGUUUGUCGGCGGUGCCCGAAGGCAUAUCAUAGAAGAUGUUUGCCAAGGGAAAUAGCCUUCGAGGACUUCACUGAGAAUGGUCAAUGUGUUUCCCAAAGGGCAUGGGACGAUCUUCUUCCCAACAAUCGUAUCUUGAUUUAUUGCCUGAAGCAUGAUAUUGAUCCAAAACAUAAAACCCCUACAAGAAAUCAUAUUAAGUUUCCUGAGGAUCCUGCUGGUAUCAAGAAACCUGCCGCUAUCAAGAAACCCAUCCAUUAUGUAAAUGGAAUGAACAAAAAGAUAGUGAAGAUACGGCGUAUUGAUGAGCUUCCUUCUGUUCCAUUGUCUAGUGUUAAAAGAUCUUCUGGUAUAGUGAAACAUUCUUCGUUGAGCAAUUUGAUGAAUAAAAGGAGGAAAGUGCCUGUGUUUGGAGAAAGAUCAGAAGUUAUAGAAAAGCCAGUAGUUAUGUCAAAACUUCCAUUUAGCUCAUUCCCUGAGAUUGACAGAUACACUGAGAUGAGAAUAUUCGAGUUUGCACAAACAAUAUCAGCUGCUAUAACAAUGGAGGAUGUACAAAAAAAGCUAGUGGUACCAUCUACACAUGCACCAGCCCUGCAUAACACCGAUAACAUUACACUGGGAAAGGUGGAAAGAUCUGUUGAGGCGGUUAAAGCUGCUCUGCAUAUGUUGGAAAAUGGUGGAUGCAUAGAAGAUGCGAAAUCCGUCUGCGCACCUAGUGAUCUUUUUCAACUUGCAAAGUGGAAGAACAAAUUGAAUAUAUAUCUUGCACCAUUUCUUCAUGGCAUGCGUUAUACAUCUUAUGGGCGCCACUUCACGAAACUGGAUAAACUCCAGCUGAUUGUUGAUAAGCUACAGUGGUAUAUUCAAAGUGGUGACAUGGUUGUCGACUUUUGCUGUGGUUCAAACGAUUUUAGCUUGCUAUUAAAGGAAACGUUAGAAGCUUCUGGGAAACGUUGCUUCUACAAAAAUUAUGAUCUCAUUCAACCAAAGAAUGAUUUCAGUUUUGAGAGACGAGACUGGAUGACUGUUCAACCACAUGAAUUGCCAACAGGAUGCCGAUUGAUCAUGGGGUUAAAUCCUCCCUUUGGGUUUAAAGCCUCUCUUGCGAAUCAGUUUAUCAACAAAGCCCUCACUUUCAAGCCAAAGCUUAUAAUACUUAUUGUUCCCAAGGAAACUGAAAGAUUGGACAAAAAGUACCCACCAUAUGAGCUAAUAUGGCAGGACUCACAGCAGCUUGCGGGAAAGUCAUUCUAUCUUCCCGGAUCUCUGGAUGCUGACAACAAGGUCAUGGAACAAUGGAAUAUGUCACCUCCUCCGCUUUCUCUAUGGAGCCGUAGUGAUUGGGCUAAGAGGCACUCAGAGAUCGCCAAAUCAGUGGGGCACCUCCCCAGCCAAAAUUCAUUCUCUGGUGAUUGUCAAAGGGAGGUAGCUGAUGGUCUACCUCUACCAACCCCAGGGCAUGUGGAAAUGGAUGAUGCCGAGGGUGCAGGAAUCCCACCCUCUGUUUUGGAUCAGUUAUUAUCUGACACAUACCAUGACCCAACAAGUGCUCCAGGGGACUACUGGAAUGAUACCAAUGGUCGAUCGCGGCAGCCUUGCAACUAUGAAACCCCAGGAAGGAGUGAUCCAAUGUAUGCUCAUCAUGCAGACAUGGUUGCUGGACCUGAUAUGAGCAUUUCAUUAUCGGAAACUGAUUUUGAAAGAGAAGAUCAAGCUUCAUCAAUAUCAGAGCAUGGAGGCACCAACUCCCAAGCCUGUUAUACUGUUGGAAGUGCACCGGCAGAGGAACCAACUGCUGCUGAUGAUUAUGCUGUUGGGAGUGCACUGGAAGAGGAAUCAACUGCUGCUGCUGAUUAUGCUGUUGGCUGUGCACCGGAGGAGGAACCAACUGCUGCAGCUGACUGUAAUGAGGUAACAUCAGCUGCUGGCUCAUACUAUUUGCCAGAAGAUCCAUUACAGGCAGGCAGAUAUGCAGCUGGGGUUGAAUACUGGAGGGUGGAAGACUCACCAGGCCUGGAGGAGGGAGAGCUGAGCGAUGUACCACCGUUGGGCAGUCCUACAGCUCGUGCACAGCAUCAAAGGACGGAAGACACGCCACCUGCUGUGACACCCGAAGCUGACUCCCAGUGCGGGCAGCCAGACAACUCACGGAUUGCAGACUCGCCACCUGCUGUGACACCCGAAGCUGACUCCCAGUGCGGGCAGCGAGACGACUCGCGGAUUGCAGGCUCGCGUCCUGCAGCCAGGCAUAAUGCUAGAACUCUUCCACCAAGAAAUUCCUUCCCGGGACUGCGCUUCCGGCCUGGAUGCAAGGCCUCACGUCAGUUCCUAUCCCAAGGCAUGGGCCAUCCGGCUGUCCAUCAAGGGCCAUCAAAUGGUUGGAUCGAAGAUGAUGAUUAUUAGAUUACCAAGAAAAAAAGAAAGCCCUCUUCUGCUUGUGACUGACCUGCCUGUAUCGUUGUUGUGUAGUGUAGGUGAUAGCUGCUAAUGUGCCUCGGUUUGUCUUAGGUGUGAGCUAGUUAUGUUCUACGGUCGGCCUUAGGGUACGCUGAGGUUAUGCACUGCUUAGGUUGGUAGAGUUGGUUCCGAUGCUGCCAUUGGCGCGUUGCAUUUUUUUUUAACUGUCGCCUUCAUGUCCUGAUUUUUCCUUUGAACGGUUUCGUGUCCUGAUUGCUUGAGCUGGCAAGUGGUAACUGUGUCUGAGAAAACAUCUUAACAUGGACAUGAUUGCUGUGAGCCCGAGAUAGCAAAAAUGAGAAAAUCAGUUCUUUUGGACAGUU